UAUCCUCCUUGCUCCCGCCAAUCUUUACGGGAUUAAAGAGGAUUAAAGAGAGAUAUAUUAAAGAGGAUAAUCAAGUAGGGAUUACAGAGUCGCUUUCCCCUCUACCCAACAGGCAAUGACCCUAGGAGCUCAUGGAGGGAUUACGGAGAAUAUAUCAUAGGGGGUAGCUUUCCCUUAAGCAAUGUAAAUUUAAAAAAACGUCUGUUUAUGAGGUCAGACUUUUAAAAAUAAAUUAAAAAAUACUCUUUUUUAAAAGCUUCAAUUAAAUUCAAUGCAUAAAUAUCGUCCUCGAGUACACGUUUUUUGUAUACCCAAAGGACAUCCUUUAAUUAUCAAAAAAGGACAACAACAAUUAUUUAAUAAAGAAAUGAAGACUGUUGAGGGGUUGAAGAGGAUUGCUAAUGGGCCUUUUGAUUAUAAAACGUUUUUGUUUGAGGUAAAAAUUCUGAUUUAGUGGCUGGAUUGAGAUUAGGGAAGGUCCCCGUCCCCGAAAGUCGAGGAAUUUGAAAGUAAAAAAUUGUC